AUGAUAAAAAGAUUACUACCUUUAUCUAAGUAAAUUAUAUCAACUGUGAAAUUAUCUACAAAUAUGGUUUAUAUUUAGAAAAUACAAAUACCAAACCAACAAAAUAUAAAUAAGUCAUUAUAUAAUUUUUGUUAGAAUAAUAACAUGUAAUACAAUUAAUUAUAAUAAGUUCAAUUAAAGAAAUAAAUGAUCAUAUUGAUUCUAUUUAAUAAUAGAUAAAAGCUCAUUAUGAUUCUGAAGAGGUAUUUAAUAAUUAGUUACAAGUUGUAUAAUAUUUGGAAGAUAAUCUUUAAAAUUGUUAUGAUAAUUACUUGGAUUAUUAUUACAUAUAAGAAAUUUUGAUUUUACAUCGUUAUUAAAUUGCAAAUUAUGCAUUUAUAAACCCAUAAAAUCCUUUAAACAAUGCAUUAACAUAAAAAUUAAUAAACAACGAUUUUAACAAGUAUAUAGAUAAAAUCAAAUAAAAUAAAUACCUAGAACCAGAAAAUUUGGAAUAUUUGAAGAUUAAAUUGAAGGCUGCAAGCAUUAUGUGUAGUAUGAUUAAUUAUGGUAUGGAAGCAGAUAUUAAUUAAUUACAUGAUUGGAUGAAGUAAUAAAAUAUUAUUGAUUAUUAGUGAUUAUUUAGAUUAACUUGAAAUUCAUGAUUAAAUUUGUUCAGAAAUUUUAUCUAAAUAUGACUUUCUUACAACUGAUAAAAUGAAAUUUAUAGAUCUAAAUGAUAUUCACAUAAAUUUCUUCUUUUUUAUUGCAUAAAUACAUAGAAAGAGAAAUUUAAUGGAUGAAUUUGAAAGAUUUUUUGAUUAAGGAAUUUAGGAAUUAGAAUCUAGAGCAGAUUAAAUAUUAAAAAUGCCUGAAGGCUAAUUUGAUUUACAUUUAAUUUUGAAUAAUUUAUUUUAACUUUUUGCAAAUUUAAAAUCAGCUGAAGAUAUUUAAACAGAAAUAAAAAAUAAUUUAGUUUUAAAACUGAUUGAUUUAUUUUCAACUUACUGGAAAGAUGAUUGUUUUUUAGACUUUAUGGUGUCUUUUGCAGACUAUUUGGUAUCUUAAGAUCUUUUUGAAAAAGCAGCUGAAUUAUUAAAAGAGGCUUAUGAUUACAAAGCUGAUAUUGUCUCAGAGGUUAUGUUAUUUUUAUUAUAUGCUAAUAUUUAUUAAUGUAAAAAAUUGGGGUUUUUGAAAGAAAUUGACAUGAACAAUUUUUUAGCCCAAAUUGAAAAAUUAAAUAAUAUAGAUUUUGAAGAUAUGAUAAUAUAUGUAUUCUAUGUAAGAUUAAUAUAAAAAUAUUCAUAGUUUCAUAAGAACAUUUUUAAUGAAAUUUUAGAAACAAAGAACUUGGAAAAAAUAAAAGAACAAUUUGAUAAAGUUAUAUUUUAUAUUUAAGAAAUGAGUAGAGUGAUGAAAAAUAAUAAAUUAGAAGUAUUUAAAAAUUAUGAUUUAUAGGCUUAAUUACCAUUUUUUGAUUGGAUUGAUUCAGUAAUGACAAAUAAUCUAUUAAAAAAUAAUGAUUAUUAUAUUUUAGCAAUUUAUAAUACAUUGAAUCUAUUUAAAGACAUUGAAUUAAUUUAAGAUCGUUAGAAUUUGGAAAGAGAUUUUUAUUUAAUAGUUUUGUCAUUUUGUUUGAAAGAUUAAAUAAAUUUAGAUUCUUAAUCAAAAGUAAAUAAUGUAAAGGCAUUUGUAAUUAAAUAAUUUAUAAUUCAUUCUAGGCUAUGAAAUAUAUUAAUAAUUAGGAAAUGUAAGAUAUUGCAUUAAAUAAAUUACUACUUUUGAAUUUCAAAUUAAUAGACGAUGGUUAUUAAAAAGAAUGCAUAGAAAUUAUAGAUUAAUUAAUAAUAAUGAUACCAAAAGAAAAUGAUAAAAUUUAUAAAUUUGUUUAGUAAUUCCAAAAUUAGAAAAAUUAGAUUCUAUUAAAAAAAUUAUGA